AUGGACACCACGUCCUGCCUCGAAGCGCGCAGGUGGGAGGACAAAGGGUUUCAGGUGGCGCUCAGCGGCUCUCCGUCGCUGUGCCAAGGCCAGCUGAAAGUGCACACGCUGGGCGGGUGGCACUCGGUGGACAACCAGAGCUGGGACUGGCACAACGGCCUCCAGGAGUCCCUCCAACAGGCCUCGAAGCUCUGCCAGAAGCUGGACUGCGGGGAGGCCUUGGCCCUCGGCCACUUCCCCGGCCUCACGCCCCCCAACAGCCCUCCCCCCGUCACCUGCCGGGGACACGUGGGCUCCUUCGCCAGGUGCAACGUCAGCUCGUCUGCCCGGACCAAGCCCCUGGGCCUCAUCUGCUUAGAGCCCCCCCAGAAGACCCCUCCUCCCACGAGCCCCCCGCCCACGACGACUCCGGCGCCCACAGAUCCGCCCAGGCUGCUGCUGGUGGACGCGCCCGGGGGCCUGCGGUGUGCGGGCGUGCUGGAGGUCUACAUCGGGGGCGUCAUUGGCUCCGUCCUCUCGGGAGCUCCGGGCAGCGCCCCGGGCCUGGAGAACCGCAUCUGCGAGAGGCUCCAGUGUGGCUCCUUCGUGAAGCACCUUUCGCUGAGCGGGUCCCUGCCGAUCCGGUGGCGCAUGGCCGACCCCAGCUGCGCCUUCCCCGAGGGGUGCUUCCUGCCGGUGCGGCCCCCGGCCAGCGGCGAGCCCCUCGCCCUGCUCUGCUCCGAGUUCCAGCCCAAGGUGCAGAGCCGCCUGGUCGGGGGCAGCGGCCCCUGUGCCGGCGCCGUGGAGGUACGGCAGGACGGGCAGUGGGCAACACUGUGCAGCAGCAACUCGGCCAAGUCCAGGGAACUCUGGGAGGAGGUGUGCCAGGAGCAGAAGUGCGGCCGGCUCAGCUCCUACCGCGAGCAGGAUGCCAGAGGGACCACCCCCGGGCAUCGGUGUCCCCAUGAGAAGCUGUCGCAGUGCCACCUGCUGGACAAGAAACAGUCCUGCAAGAGGAUGUUCAUCACGUGCCAGGAUCCGAACCCGGCGGGCCUGGGUGCAGGCUCUGUGAUGAGCAUCGUCCUGGCCGUGGUGCUCCUGGCCGUGCUGCUGGCCGUGUGCGGGCCCCUCGCCUACAAGAAGCUGGUGAAGAAGUUCCGCCAGAAGAAACAGCGCCAGUGGAUCGGCCCCACGGAAAUGAGCCAGAACAUGUCUUUCCACCGCCACCACACGGCCACGGUGCGCUCCUCCGCUGUGAACCCCACGGCCCCCCACGUGGAGAACGAGUACAGCCAGCCGCCCAGCAGCGCCCGCAGCGCCUACCCCGCUCUGGAGGGCGCCCUGCGCCGCGUCUCAACCCAGCCCGACAACUCCUCCGACAGCGACUACGACCUGCAAGUGACCCAGAGGCUGUAGGGUGUGAGGACCCCCAGCCCCCACCCCCCGGGGGCUCGUGCCAAUCAGCACCUGCCACUGGGGUGCUGGGGCAGGGCCCUCUCCGAGCCCUGAGAGCUUCCGCAGGGAGACCCCCCAACCUAAUGCUAAAGGGGGAGGGGCUCGGGCCUGCCUGAACCCCUGAACCGUCUCUGGGCUUGAGGCCGCCUCUUUCUCGCCCCACAGAAUCAGAACCGGGAGGAGCCCCGGAGAGCCCGAAUGUGUCCUGUCUGCCUCCCCCGGGGCCGGGCUGUGGGCGGGGCCUCCUCCAAAGGGGUCUUUCUGCCCCACUCCUGCCCCACCCGGCCCGUGGACCCUCCCUAGGGUGGCCGCAGGAAGGCCUUGACCCGAGCCCGCUCCCCAGUGUGGGGACAGGGCCCCCCAGAUUCUACCCCAACAUGAUGGUCGGCACGAAGCCCUCAGGACAGGGCCUCGUGUGUCUUUGAAAUAAAG